ACUGCUGGAGGAGUAAUGACNGUUUUGAUUCCAAGGAAUACCACCAUUCCCACCAAGAAGGAGCAGGUCUUCUCAACCUACUCUGACAACCAACCUGGUGUCCUGAUUCAAGUUCAUGAGGGUGAAAGGACAAGGACUAGAGAUAACAACCUUCUUGGAAAAUUUGAGCUCUCUGGCAUUCCACCGGCUCCUAGGGGCGUCCCGCAGAUCAAUGUCUGUUUUGACAUUGAUGCUAAUGGUAUUCUGAAUGUCUUGGCUGAGGACGAGACUACCGGGCAGAAGAACAAGAUUACCAUGAUUAAUGACAAAGGUCGACUCAGCAAGGAGGAGAUCGAGAAGAUGGUACAAGAUGCUGAGAAGUAUGAAUCAGAGGAUGAGGAGCAUAAGAAGAAGGUUGAGGCAAAGAAUGCUUUAGAGAAUUAUGCAUACAACAUGAGGAAUACCAUCAAGGAUGACAAGAUUGCGUCCAAGCUCCCUGCUUCUGAUAAGAAGAAGAUUGAGGAUCCAAUUGAGCAGGCAAUCCAGUGGCUGGAUGGCAACCAGUUGGCAGAAGCUGAUGAGUUUGAGGACAAGAUGAAGGAGCUGGAGAGCAUCUGCAACCCCAUCAUUGCCGGAAUGUACCAGGGUGCUGGUGCUGACAUGGCUGGUGGAAUGGAUGAUGAUGGUCCCUCUGCUGGUGGCAGUGGUGCAGGUCCUAAGAUUGAGGAGGUCGAUUAA